UGUUUGUACAGCUGUGAUCGCUAAAACCAUCAACACCUCAAAGAAAAAUCACGCCUUUUUCUUAAAUAUCGGAUUAAUUGCAUGAAAUGAGGAUACUUUAACUCUCAACCAAAACUACCAAAAGUGAACGUCAUAUACGGCUGGUGGGCAGGCAGAAGCACCAUAAUGCUGAGAACACAUAUGACUGUGACAACAAUACGGCAGCUCAUGGAAAUGAAAAUAAUACCAUGCUUCAGUUUACACAGGAAACUUGCAGGUUUGCAUCAUGCAGUGGGUGCAGUUCGGUGGAGGAGCAGCUAUAGACAACCUCCUGUGUUGAUAGCUGCUCCCGCUCGCGCCCUCAUAGAUGAACAGAUCAGCAUUAAAGGGCGUUUCCUGCCCCCUCACUGUCCGGUUACAGUACAUUCACAAAUGCAUAGCGAGGAUGGUGACCUAUGGGAGGCAUUUGCCCAUUAUAAUGCAGAUGCAGACGGCACUGUCAGCUUGACCAGGGAUCACUCAGUUGGGGGUUCAUAUUCGGGAUGUGAGCCCAUGGGACUCUUCUGGGGACUGCAGCCGGCUCCUGGAGCAAGAGAAGGUUUGAGAUUGAGGAAAAAAAAUGUAGAGACUCCAUACGUAGUUCACGUGUCCUUACUGGAGGGCCACGUGUCACCCAGCGAGGAGCAGAGCAAUGAGCUGGCUGCUGUAACGACUGAGCGCUGGUACAUGGCACCAGGCGUAAGGAGGAUAGAGAUCUGUCAAGAUGGAGUUGUAGGGACGUUAUUCUUACCCCCUGGUACGGGCCCGUUUCCAGGCAUGUUGGACCUGUGGGGAAUGGGUGGAGGACUGGUGGAGUACCGUUCUGCCCUGUUUGCAUCCAGAGGCUACGCCAGCCUGUCGGUUGCCUACAUAGGGCACAAAGAAUUACCUGGCCCACAAAACAAAAUCAAUGUUGGUGAUUCAUAUUUCAAGUCAGCCUUCCACCUACUUCAAGAUCAUCAUCAGGUCUGCGCCGACAGAAUUGGGAUCAUCGGUCUGUCAUUUGGAGUCUACCUGACUCUUCGACUUGCCACUAACAUUGGUGUCAAACCAUCCUGUUUGAUUUGUAUAAAUGGGCCAGUAGGAAGUACCAUCAAGCUCUCAGAUGAUGAUGGGAGGACGGAAAACUUUGAAGGUGACCAGAAAUACUGGAUGUAUGAUGACCAAGGCCAUGUCAGCUUCAGAGCAGUCUCCUUACCCGCUAACCUUUCCCCUGAGAGCAAAGUGAAGAUAGAGAACCUCACCUGCCCUCUAAUGUAUAUAGUGGGAGAGGAUGACCUGAGCAGUUCAAGCAUAGAGAACGCAGACCUGAUUGAGGAGACCCUGAGGGCUGCAGGUAAAUCUCAGCUGUUCACUCGUCUGUCAUACCCCGGUGCUGGUCAUCUGAUUGAACCGCCGUACUCACCAAAUUCAAGAGCGUCCCUGUGGAGCGUCAAACCAAAAAAACUGAUCACUCUGUGGGGAGGUCACCUAGCGCCCCACGCUGCUGCCCAGGAAGAUGCCUGGAAGAAGAUCCUGGAUUUUAUGGAAAACAAUCUGAGACAGUGAAUUAAAUUGACUUUUGGGAUGGAAAAUAUCUCGCCAUGCAUGUGUUUGUAAAAUGCAGCAUUUAGCAGAGAGGGCUUCACAUGCAGAGAAGUGAGGGAGCAAAAGCAAGUUUGUUGUUUUUCGUCAAAAAGGACCUCUUAGAACUCGUGUCCAACUCAAUCAAAAAGUCACUCUCUCUCACAUAUAGCAGGCUGCAGAUUCUCCACAAGGGAGAGCUGUUUGGUCACUGUUAGCUAGCACCUGCCAUACCACACCAGAAGGAAAGCCAUCUUACUCACAGCUGUGAUCACUCCACAUGUACUUUAAGUGUCAAAAAAAAAAAACUAUUGUACUCCUUGACUAUAGAUGGGACACAAACAGCAGAACUAAAAUGUUGCUCCUGUUAAUUUUCUUGGCAAAAGGUGCCGCAGGUCAGAGUGGAACUGUUUGCUCAGAAAUGCUUCUCAUCAGUCUCACCAUGUUCUUGUUACAGCAAAUGUAUAGUUCUUCAUGUGCUGUCAUUGUCGGACAUUUUCCUUUAUGCAACAAAUCUUUUAAAAAGAAAAGACGUUAACAACAAUCUGCCAUCAUUCAGACAAAAAAAAUUCAGACACUC